AUGGCGCCCGCACGCUCGUUUCUGUACUUCUUGACGCUCGUUAUCUACAGUUCACUCGUUCGCGCAGCUCCCUGGAUCGUGACUGAUUACUGGGAAGAAGAACUCAUCACCAGUUAUCCCUUUGAUUAUGAUAAUAUUUAUUCUUCUGCGGCCGUUACGCCCUACGUGACCACCGUCAACCAGGAAGUUCGACCGACCAUCACUCCGCUGCCCGAGCCUGUAUCUCAAUACAGCUCCAUCGACAGCGGAUAUUACAACGGCGAUGUCACCAUCGUCAAUGAAUUAUACACCGCUACCAUAGGCACGCCCGCCUACGACCUCGCCUACGGUGGUGCGGAUAGCCUCUACGAGAGUACGAUCUACGUGGUCAACCUCACCUACACCGCACCUACAGGCUGUUCUACACAAUGGACCACUACAACCACCGCCACGGUGACUCCCCCCGACACCGUUGUCGGGGCAUUGCUACCGCAGACCGCCACAUCGACCUCUCUUUCCGUGGACAAGACAUCCACUCUCUUCUCGCCUACCACAUACACCUACCUUUACGUCUGGGUAGAACCCACUCAAAUCCCCAACGCCAGCCUUGCCUGCCUAAGCGACCAAUCCCGUCCCACAGGCCUAUACGAAGGCUCAAAGUGCCAAUACAAGAGUAGCGGCGAAUGCGGCUAUGACUACGGCGACGACGGCGACGACGGAGCCUGGUACAAUGACCCGUGGUGGGGCAUCUCCCCUCUGGCAAUCAUCCUCAUCUGCAUUCUCGGCUGGGUAGGCCUAUUCUUCCUCCUGGGCGUUAUCGAAGCCUGGUUCCGCUUCAGACGCCUCAUGACGGGCUGGCAGACGCGGCGCGGCUUCCCCAUUUCGUGGGCGUUCAUGCUCAUACCCGUUUCGCUGUUCUGUCUCUGCUGUUUCCGCAAGGGCUAUCGCUCGCGCAAUGCAGCGGAUGCGGCGUUCUUGCAGCAGAAGUGGAGGGAUACGAGUGCAUGGACGAAGUUUAAGCUUUUCAUCAUCUGGGGCUUCCGUUUCAAGUAUCCCGAUGUGCUUGGACCUGCGCCGGCGCGUGUUAAGCAGAGCAAGAGGCCUGGGAAGGAUGCUGGGCCGCCGUUGCUGAAUGCUUCGCCGUCUCAGUCUGCUAUGUGGGGGUCUCCGAUGGCAGCAGGCGCUCGUGCUGGGCCGGAGAUGGAACAGGGGCCGAGUCCUGUGCAGCAUCCGACUCAGGUGCCUUUGGUUCCUGGGCCUCCUGCUGCUUCGUCUGGUGGUCGGGAGGAAGAAGUUAGCCGAAAUGGGGCAGUUGGUCGAGGAGAAGCGAGUCAGGAUGGAUCAGUGAGCCCGGAAAGAGCAGCGAGUCAGGGUGAAGAGAUUGGCCGGGCGCAUUGA